AUGACAGAGUCUGAGUGUUCCAGCUCCAGUCACGUGAAAGAUGAUGCCAGACCCUACAGGAAGACCAACAAGCCUUUGAUGGAGAAGCGACGGCGGACGCGCAUCAACUCGUGCCUGGUGCAGCUCAAGGCGCUGGUCCUGCAGGCCAUGAAGAAAGACGUGAGUACGGCGCAAGAGCAGAACACGCAGUAUUCCAAGCUGGAGAAGGCUGACAUAUUGGAGCUCACCGUCAAACAUUUACGACAUGUACAGCGGACGCAGAUUGCAGGUAGUCUGACGGCAGCAGAUGCCGUGGCGCGAUAUCGCGCUGGCUUCGGUGAGUGCGCACAGGAAGUACUGCGCUUCAUAGGGGGCGCUACUGUGGCCGAAGACGUGCGGGAACGUAUGGCCGGUCACCUAACUCGCUGCCUGGCUUCUCUGACAGACCAGCACCUGCACCACCACUACCACCAGGCCCACCUGCAGCACUUGCAGCAACGGGGCUUGGUGUUGCUGCCCCACCCAGCCUUUCCCGCCCCUACUCCGACGACAGGUCAGGCGUGUCUGGCGGGCGGGGUGGCCGGCCUUGUUGCCUGCUCCGUGACCACCCUUCCGAGUCAAGUAUCACAGGCAGGACCCAACUCGCUACGCGAUUCCCACAACAGCAUCAGUCUGAUGUCGCUUGCGACGGCCCCGACCGCCUUUCAGACACCGCUGUCCGCCAGCACCACCAACAUCGCGACAACGACGACUUCCGAGAGCCUCCUUGUACCAGGGAAUGGUGCUCCGGCGUCCCUUCAGGUGGCGCUGCUACUGACGUCAUCACAGACCAUGCCUAUUUUGACCUCUAACCCCACCACUAGCGCCGAGACGAAGAAGGAUUGUGACGACAGUGAACAUGACCCCAUACACGUUCCAGUCGUCCUGCCGGCAAUAGCAGAACCAGAUCCAACUCCAUGUGGGUCGCCGGAAGAGAAGCAAAAACUUGACGACUCACCAGCGACCCGAGAGUCGGACGCGUCUUUACCUGUCUGCAGGUCUGUUGGACGUGAAACUCCUGUUCCCACCCCCACCAGACCCGAACCUCCUGUUUCCACGACUACCGGACACCAGUCUCCUGCCUCCCCGUCUCGCAGUCCAGAGACAUCAGCUUCCAAUUCCAGACACAAUUCUCUGGAAGUUCUGGCGUCCUGCGUGAUGUCAGCCGACGAAAAGAUGUGGCGACCGUGGUGA